AUGGAGGAGGCACUGUGCGAUCAGCUCUUCUCCGACGUCGACGGCGACCUGAUGAUGCACCACCCCUCCGACGCCGACGACCUCCUCGGCAUCCUCGAGGCGUGGGAGGACUGCGUCACCGGCGGUGGUAGUACUCCCCGCGGCGCUAAGGUGCCGCAGGCCACUGACGCCGCAGUGGCAACGUCCAAUCCCGCACCGGCUUCGGGGAACGUCCGGCGGCUGGGUGACCGGGAAGACGCUACGAUGCGAGCGGCGCCAAAGAGGCGGAGGUGCUCGCCGGCAGUGUCGUCGUCAGAUGCAGCGGCGACGAGCGACGACGGUGCGGCGAAUAAUAACACGUCGCACAUCACCGUGGAGCGCAACCGGAGGAAGCAGAUGAACGAGCACCUCGCCGUGCUGCGCUCGCUCAUGCCCUGUUUCUACGUCAAGCGAGGAGACCAGGCAUCCAUCAUCGGAGGGGUGGUGGACUACAUCAAGGAGCUGCAGCAAGUGCUGCAGUCGCUGGAGGCCAAGAAGCAGCGCAAGGCCUACACCGACCAGGUCCUCAGCCCGCGGCCGCCGCCGGCUUGCUGCAGCCCGCGGCCACCGCUCAGCCCACGGCCGCCCCUCCCGCCUCUCAAGUCCACGCCGCCGAUCAGCCCGCGACCCUCCGUCCCAAUCAGCCCCAGGACGCCGCCGGGUCCCGGCAGCCCGUACAAGGUCCGCAGGCAGCCGCCCCUGCCGCUGCCCCUGUCCCCACCUGGCUCGGCGUACACGUCCCCGGCGAGGACGCCGACCCGCGAGCCGAGCCCGGCGUCGUCUUCGUACCUGCCGUCGCUGGACAAGAUCGCCGCCGAGCUCUGCGCCUACGCCGCCGGCACCAACAAGCAGCAGCAGCGGCAGGCUCUUCUUCCCGCGGCGACCAGCGGUGGGGCGGUGGUCCUCCUCCCGGACGUGAGGGUGGAGUUCUCCGGCGCCAACCUGGUGGUGAAGACGGUGUCGCACCGCGAGCCGGGGCAGGCCGUCAAGGUCAUCGCGGCGCUCGAGGGCCGGUCGCUGGAGAUCCUCGACGCCAAGAUCAGCACCGUCGACGACACCGCGGUGAACUCCUUCACCAUCAAGAUUGGAAUCGAGUGCGAGCUCAGUGCUGAAGAGCUGGUGCAGGAGAUUCAGCAAGCGUUCUCGUAA